AUGGCGGACGCAAUCUCAGCGCCAUCCACAGGCAAGACGGCCAUCAUCUUCGGAGCGACAGGAGCUGUGGGGACACCUUUGCUCGAGACGUUGCUGCAAUCCCCCACCUUUGACAAGAUCCACUCCUUUCAGCGUCGCGCUACCGAUGGACCUCCCAACUCCAAGCUCAUCACUCACACCGUCGACUUUGACAAGCUGGUGGCAAAGGAUGAAGAAGAGGUGAAGCGAGUCAAGGAGAUUGCGGCAGAUGCCGUCUUCAUCACUCGUGAGUGAGACCUUUCAGCGGCGGAUCAUCGACGGGGAAUGAUAUGUGUCGAGCUGAAACGAAACAAUCACGACGCACCUCUCAGUCGGAACGACACGCGGAGCGGCAGGAUCUGCUCAGGCUUUCGAGAAGAUUGACAAGGACUACGUCUUGGCUGCUGCUCGCGCUGCUGCCAGUCCAGAAAAAGCUUCCAGCAACAAGGUGGUGUACUGCUCCUCUCAAAUGGCCAAUUCGGGUAGCAGAUUCUUGUACACUCGGUGAGUAGCAUCUGCUCAUCUGCUCAUCUGCUCACCUCCUCAGAGCUGUGCUCGCGCCGAACUCUGACGAGGCUUGAACCCUACUGUCUCAGCUCCAAAGGAGAGACGGAAGAGGGACUCGCCAGCGCUGGGUAUUCCGAGACGAUCUUGUUCAGACCGGGCUUCCUCGCGCAAGCUCAGAGGCCCAAGACGAGACCUCUGGAAGUUGUAUACGGUGUGAGUGCAGUGUACAGGUUAAAGCGCAUGUUUCCUUCCGACCGUCUGACACCGUAGCUCUCAUCUUGCGUAGGCCCUUACUGGCAAGGUGCUCUCCCGCUUCAGUGACGGGGCCGAGAUCCCGGUGCCUAUCCUAGCGCGAGCAAUGCGCUUCGCAGGUGAAGCGGGAGCUUCAAAUCUUAUUGCCAAAGGGGUCGGAAGCCCACCCGUAGAGGCUUUCAAGCGGCCUGCUGGCUCAGCUGUCACGGUGCUGACGAACGGAGAAGCUUUGCGCCUCGGAAAGUCCUUGCUGUAA